AUGAUUCUAGGAGAUAUUGUCGUCAGCGAUGGACUGAUCCAAUACGACUUUGGACGCCAGUUUCCGGAUAGGUUCGUCCGCAAGAACGACACAAUAGCCGGGCCUAACUCCGAGAUGCGGUCCUUUCUCGCCAAGAUGAAGGGCCGCCGGAAUAUGAAGACACUACGAGAACGGACUGCCAGACACCUCGAAUACCUCAGAAACGCCACAGAAAUUGGUGCAAUAGCGGACUAUCCUGGAGCGUGCAGGGACAAGUUGUACGAACCAACAUACCGCCACAAGCACCAGGCUGCCUCGAGCUGCGAAGUCUGCAGUAAUUGUCAAACGAAUAAUGACCCCGUAUGCGAGGCUGCGCUCACAUUGGACUGUGAGAGUCUGCAAUGCGAUGACAGCCACCUUAUUUCUCGGCAGAGACUGGCCGUUCUCGAGGAUGGGAAUAAGAGCCAAAAGACCAAUGCUGAGCCAAUAGUUCACUUUGGUCUUUAUGCCUCUGGCGACAAGGUCAUGAAGUCAGGAGAAGAGCGUGACAUGAUAGCAAAGGAAGAAGGAGUUAUAGCCUUUGAAAUGGAAGGAGCUGGGGUCUGGGAGGGCUUUCCCGGGCGCUGUCUGGUCAUAAAGGCUGUCUGCGAUUACGCAGACAGCCACAAGAACAAGAGAUGGCAAAACUAUGCAGCUGCAAGUGCAGCUGCGUGUACAAAGGCUCUUCUCGAAUCCUGGAUUCCUUAA